AUGAGUUGUAGGGAGGGAGUUAUGUCACCACAAACAGAGACUAAAGCAAGUGUUGGAUUCAAAGCUAGUGUUAAAGAUUACAAAUUGACUUAUUAUACUCUUGACUAUGAAACCAAGGAUACUGAUAUCUUGGCAGCAUUCCGAGUAACUCCUCAACUAGGAGUUCCACCUAAGGAAGUAGGAGCAGCGGUAGCUGCCGAAUCUUCUACUGGUACACGGACAACUGUGUGGACCGACAGACUUACCAUCCUUGAUUGGUACAAAGGACAAUGCUACCACAUCGAGCCCGUUGCUGGAGAAGAAAAUCAAUAUAUUGCUUAUGUAGCUUACCCCUUAAACCUUUUUGAAGAGGAUUCUGUUACUAACAUGUUUACUUCCAUUGUGGGUAAUGUAUUUGGGUUCAAAGCCUUGCGUGCUCUACAUUUGGCGGAUCUGCAAAUUCCUCUUGGUUAUUCUAAAACUUUCCAAGGCCCACCUCAUGGCAUCCAAGUUAAGAGAGAUAAAUUGAACAAGUAUGACCGCACCCUAUUGGGAUGUACUAUUAAACCUAAAUUGGGGUUAUCCACUAAGAACUACGGUAGAGCAGUUUAUGAAUGUCUCCGCGGUGGACUUGAUUGUACCAAAGAUGAUGAGAACGUAAACUCCCAACCAUUUAUGCGUUGGAGAGAUCGUUUCUUAUUUUGUGCCAAAGCAAUUUAUAAAGCACAGGCCAAAACAGGUGAAAUCAAAGGGCAUUACUUGAAUGCUACUGCAGGUACAUGCGAAGAAAUGAUGAAAAGGGUUGUAUUUGCCAAAGAAUUGGGAGUUCCCUCCCUAACACAAAUCUUGUGGGAAAAGUGUUGCUAA